AUAAAUAUAUAUUUCACUCAACCCUCCUCUCACUUCAAAACCCUAGAGCACAAACUAUCGCUCUCCCCGUCUCUCUCACGAGCACACACCCUCUCACCGCCAAAUGGCCGCUGCCGCCCGCCCCCUUGUCUCCGUUCAGCAUCUACCGACGUCCCUCAAUGACAUGGCCACUGAUUCUGUCACAACCGUGGCUCUCCCCGAUGUCAUGAAGGCCUCAAUCAGACCAGACAUCGUCAAUUUUGCCCACUCCAACAUCUCCAAGAACAGCCGCCAACCUUACGCCGUCUCAAAGACGGCCGGUCACCAGACUUCAGCCGAAUCUUGGGGUACCGGUCGUGCCGUUUCUCGAAUCCCCCGCGUUUCUGGUGGGGGAACUCACCGCGCUGGUCAGGGAGCUUUUGGAAACAUGUGCCGUGGUGGACGCAUGUUUGCUCCUACCAAGAUCUGGCGCCGCUGGCAUAGGAAGAUUAACGUCAACCAAAAGCGAUACGCUGUCGUUUCAGCUAUUGCUGCCUCUGCUAUACCUUCAUUGGUAAUGGCACGCGGUCACCGGGUGGAGUCAGUCCCUGAGAUGCCUCUGGUUAUCUCUGAUUCGGCGGAGAGCAUUGAAAAAACAUCCACUGCUAUCAAGGUGCUGAAGGAAAUUGGUGCUUAUCCAGAUGCCGAGAAGGCCAAGGAUUCUCAAGCGAUCCGGCCUGGUAAGGGGAAAAUGAGGAACAGGAGGUACAUUUCCCGCAAGGGACCCCUGAUUGUGUACGGAACCGAAGGUGCUAAGUUGGUGAAGGCCUUCCGUAAUAUUCCAGGAGUGGAGGUGGCUAACGUUGAGAGGCUGAACUUGUUGAGGCUGGCUCCCGGCGGUCAUCUUGGAAGGUUUGUGAUCUGGACAAAAUCAGCUAUCGAGAAGCUUGAUUCAAUAUAUGGGACUUUUGAGAGGUCUUCCGAGAAGAAGAAGGGUUAUGUGCUGCCUAGGACCAAGAUGGUCAAUGCUGAUUUGGCUAGGAUCAUCAACUCUGACGAGGUUCAGAGCGUUGUGAAUCCAAUCAAGAAGGAGUUUAAGAGGGCACCUUUGAAGAAGAACCCAUUGAAGAACUUGAACGUGAUGCUGAAAUUGAAUCCAUAUGCUAAGACUGCUAGGAGGAUGGCCCUUCUGGCUGAAGCAGAGCGCGUGAAGGCCAAGAAGGAGAAGCUCGACAGAAAGAGGAAACCUGUGUCGAAGGAGGAGCUAGCUGCUGCUAAGGCUGCAGGAAGGGCAUGGUACAAGACCAUGAUUUCUGACAGCGAUUACACCGAGUUCGAGAAUUUCACCAAGUGGCUUGGUGUCUCACAGUGAUUUAGUUCUGUUUUCAGAGCGGAUUUUUGCUUAUUUACUUGAUUAUGUUGUCACCUUUUGUUUUGCUAUUGUACAUGUAGGAGGGGAUGUUUGGUAUUUUGUAGCCUUUCUUCCGGUCCCAUUCUUCUAUUUUGCUAGGUGAAAGAAUUUCUAUUACAAUCAGAAAUGAAAUGGAACAAUUUGUUACCUCACUUAUGUUUUAUUCGAAUUGCUUGCUUUAAUGUACCGUAUGCUUUCAAUUCUUGGUCGGUGAAUUUGCAGAGAGCUCAAUGUCAUGUUAUUAUGAUUUAGCUUCUAAAGUGCCUGGCAAGCACUCUAGAAGACAUUCUACAGAAAAGAUGGCUCUACUUGAGAGUGGGCACACAGGGAGGUCAGGAGGUCCUUGUUCGGAGCAGGGGGUGAAGGUUUUUGGCAUAAAGCAAAGGAAAAGGGGACGAUCUCGAGGGAAGAGCAUGCAGCUUCCUAGGGGGCCGGGGAGCAAUGCAAGCUGAAAACUGCUCCGGGAAAGAAUAGUAAACGAAUUGAGCGACGAAUACACAUGGAAUUUGGAAAUGAUGAUUUCUCUGCUAAGAGAAUGCCUUCAGCCAAGAAGAGACCCCUGCGAUGUGGUGCGAGAAACUGUCUAACCUUCUCACAGUUCACUAAAUUAAGCAGCAUUGAGAACUCCCUAAGAGAAGCAGCGAAGGGUUCUCCUUCAGGAAGGAUGGUAGUC